GGCAGAGAUAUUGUAAUGUUUGUGCUAUUGACAGCGGCAAGUGUCAACUACUAGUUCGGUGCGCUUGCUGACGCUCGGCGGUGACAAUGGUAUAGGUAGUGUGUUGUGAGUAACAUUCGGAUGAUGUAGUGACUGGUGACUCAUGGCAUAGUAACAUGCUGCCCGUCUUCGUUAUUUCAUAAAUGCAACAUAUUCUGUUGAAGUGGAAUUACACGAAAUACUGGCCGUAUUAUUUUCGUAUAGUUGCUAAGUGAAAACACGUCUCAAGCAACGUCUUGCGUUUUAAACCAGAUACGUAAAUUGAUGUGGCUUUAGAAAGAACGCGCUGACUUUUCAAAAAGGGUGUAAUUCAAGUUUCGGAAUAUGGAGUACUCAGUCAAUACCAGGCCACUCCUUCAACAGAGUGAAAGUGAGAGUGAUUUUGACGAUGGAGCAGCAACGAAAAGUCGUCCUGGUGAUGAUGAUGACCAUGUUGUCGUCACAGAUGAUGUCAAACCUCUGUUUAAAGUCAGGGAACCGUGUGACAGGUUUAACCUAGCUUAUGUUAUAUUUUACCUGUUGGGAAUGACUACUUUGCUUCCGUGGUGUUUCUUCAUUACAGCAGAUGAUUACUGGAUGUAUAAACUGAGGGAUGUUAAUCAGAGCUCUUUUGAGAUGUAUGACCUUGAUAUUGAUCAGAAAUCAGAUUUGCAAGCCAGUUUCACAGCUUACCUCAGUGUUGCAUCAACAGUUCCCAAUACACUCUUCCUUGUGUUGAACUCCUUACUUAGUCACAGGAUAUCAUUAAAAAUACGAAUGGUGGGAUCAGUUUCGAUUGUUGUCUUACUAUUCAUUGAGACCACAGUCCUGGUAAAAAUAGAUACAGACAAUUGGCAGGAGAUCUUUUUUAUAGUCACGCUGGCAACAGUUGUGGUUCUUAAUAUUGCAUCUGCUGUACUCCAAGGUGGCCUCUUCGGUAUAGUCGCAAAGUUUCCAUCUCGGUAUAUCACUGCUGUUGUCAGUGGUCAAGCUCUUGGAGGAAUAUUUGCUGCUCUUGCAGAAAUUGUGUCCCUAUGCAUUGGAGCCACACCAGUCAACAGUGCAUUUGUUUACUUUAUGAUUGCUGAUGGAACACUGAUUCUAUCAUUGAUCGCAUAUCUGGUGCUUUCACGUUCGGUAUUCUUCCAGUAUUUUACAAAAGAAAAAGAAGCAGUGAGUACACUACAAUAUGAACCUGCUACAAUUGAAGCAAUUGACAGGCAGCCUGUAAGAGAAAUUUCUUAUAAAACAAUUCUCAGUAAGAUGUGGGUGUACGGAUUCUCAGUGUGGAUGACUUUUUUCGUGACCCUUUCUUUAUACCCUUCUGUGACUGUCCUUAUAAAUUCAACAAAGAAAGGGAAUGGUUCUGCUUGGAGUGAUAUCUACUUUGUUCCUGUGGUUGCUUACUUGAUCUUCAGUUUGUGUGAUUACAUUGGUCGAAUCACUGCUGGAAUUUUGAAAUGGCCCCGUGGCAGUGCGUGGCUGAUAGGGCUUAUCAGCAUCUUAAGAGUUGUGUUUAUUCCACUAUUUCUGAUGUGCAAUGCCCAUCCGAGACACCAUGGCAUGCCUUUGCUUAUAAAUUCAGAUGUGUAUUACAUCAUACUCAUGGUGAUUUUUGGUCUUUCAAAUGGAUAUUUGGCAAAUAUCACCUUGAUAUGUGUUCCAAGAGUUGUGGAUGCUGCUGAACAGGAGACUGCAUCAUCUAUGAUGGCUGCGUUCCUCGGACUAGGGCUGGCAUGUGGUUCAGCUCUUAGCUUGUUGUUGAUUAAAGUGUUGUGAAUUUUUAGCCUGAAUUUGUUUUAAUUUUUUAUGUCAGCAUUUUUUGUGCUGUUUAUUUUACAUUGGUUCAGUACUUGUUCACAUUAACUGCCAUGCAUUUUGUAACUCAUUACUUAAGUGCCAUUUUUGUUUUAAAAAUGGAUGUUAUACUUCCUUGUAGAUUUCUCUGCAAUGUGAGAAAUUAAUUAAGCUUUGUAAAAGCUUUAUUAUGUAAAACUUGUGGUCCAUGUUGUAAUGACUGCUUAAGUGGAACAGUUGUAUGUCCUAAUUCUGACCUGAAAAAUCAUUUUGGACUGUGUGCCAAACUUGACGUACUUGUUGUAUAACAGACCUUCAACCCCUUAUGCUUCCAGAUCAUACUGACAAUUACUAAUCAGAAUUUCUAGUGGAUUUGCAAUUUUAAGUGGUUCUUGUUUCCAUAUUGCUAGAACAUCAGCAAAUAAAAUGAUGUUUGAAAUAGCAAGUGUUUGAAAUGUUAGGUAGACCAGUAUUAACACAAAAAUGGGAAUGUAGAUGUGAACACAAAUACAUUAAUGUUAACUCAGCUAGUGCUUUGUUACGUUCUUCGUCUACAUGAUUACUCUGCAAUUCACACUGAAAUGUUUGGUAGAAGGUUCAUGGAACAACUUUCAGAAUAACUAAGAUAAAUUUCUCAAUGCAGCCUCUGGUUGAGGAGUGCUUCAGAGCUAUAACAGGAAACCUAAUCCUACACAUCAAAGUGUUUCAUUUAUUCUUGACUUUGUUCGCCCCUCUCUUCAGCUUAUAGAAACCUCAAUGAUUGUAGUCUCCAGGUUGCACUGUGAGAUAGAGCUGAGGCCCACUAAAUGGUCCUGCUUCAUAAAUGAUACAUGUGUUAAUUCAUGUACAGCCAAUGUUUCCAUGGAUUUGAAAUAACCUUUUGUGCUGUCCAGUUUUUUUAGGUUUUCUCCCAGUGGUCUACAUAUAAGGAAAUAGAUGUAUCACAUUUGGUCUUAGUCAACUGCUAACUCCUUUCCCAAUCUUUUGUUCCUUCCCCAACUAAACCUUAAUCUCUGAAUAAGGAACAUAUAUGGGAAUAGUUAUAAAAGUUUUAAAAAUCACCUCAAAAAUAGAUGGAGAUGAGAGAAAACAUUUUUGAAAAAUGGAGUUUGUUCUAGCCAGUCUUAUGUGAAAUUGUUAACUAAUUCUGCCUUCAAAUUCAAGGCCAAGUUCAAUACUAUACCAGGGAAAGCCUUCAGUUAAUCCAAUGGAACAUUUCUCCAUGAAUGCCACACAGUGUUUUCAAACAAUGGAAACUCUUUUAAGUUGGAAUAUCAACAUUACGAGGAAAAGGAUGGAUUACUGUUCACUGUAGAGAUGACACGCAUGACUGCUGUCUCCAGCAGCUUGGACUGUGAUGCAGUCUACUCAUUCUACCUGUCUGCAACUCAGUGUGUCAUCUUUAUGGUAGGUAGCAAUCUAUACUUUUCCUUAUCUUGUUGACAUUGAAUGUGUUGUAGGUAGAGUGACUUUCUUUAUCUUUCCUUUAGCAUACAUAUUGGUAGUAUUCACAAUUUCACUAAUAAGAUUGUCGGUAAAGAAGAGUUGGAAAUGUUCUAGUCUGCAUUUUGGUCAAACACCAUAAGGAAUGGUGAAACCUUGAUGUGUGACAGAAAAAGUAAACUUCAUGAAAUCAACCUUGCCAUCGUGAUAUCUUCCAUGUACUUAAUACAGGUUGUGUAUCUUAAUCACUUUCACUCCAUCAGUAGAGUCUGAUUCACUAGAACUUAUAUCACUGACCACAGUGCAAAGUUACUUCCGAUCACUUUCAUCACUUAAUUCUCCUUCAUGCUUAGUGUCUUCGAGGGGCCAUUCUGGCAAUAUCAUCAUCACAUGUUUUCUACCAGCUAUUAUCUACUACAAAUGUUAGAAUGCACACUUUGAGUUACACAUCUUUAUUCCAAGUGCUGCUGUUCACCUAGCACACUCCAACAAUGGAGCGGAUGGAAAACACAGUAAUGGAAAUCUGUUAUACAUCAUCCGACAUCUGAGCCAUAGCGGAAAAUCAUAAUGAUAGACGUAGUGUGAUAGUAGAUCUGAAAGGGUUAGUGCAUUUAACGAAGUAAGUUAGUCUGGUUCUCUUUGAUGUUCUUCAUAUUUGUAAGAUUUGAAGCUGAAGGAUCAGAUAUCAGUUCCCUAAAGCAGUAUGAUUCAAUUCCAAAAAAUCAGUUUGAAGGUUAGAUUUCCAACUACUGUCAAAGUCUAAAACAUUUCAAGUGUACUAACAAUGCGAUCAGUAACUGUGAAUGUAGAGUAGAUGUAUAACAAUACUAAAGUCACUGGUUUGAAUCUCAUUAGCAGCAACUUUAUAUUAUUUAUUUUAUAAUUUGGUAUAAAACAUCAAAUAGAAAAGUAAAUAAUUUAUUUCUAGAGUGCUCAGUAUUAUAAGUGUACAUAUCUCAUUUAUUAAUGAAUUAUGAUUCAGUAUUUUUUAAUAUCUCCAUUCAUUUUUAAAUGUGAAAUUUAAAUAAAAGGCAAAAAGCUGCUGCAGGUGAGAUUCCUACCAGUGACGUUAUUGUUUGUACUUAGCAGUGCUCAAAAAUCUUAAUGUU